UACGCACGGGAACUGGGAUCGUUAAGUUUUCAAGCGGUAUUUUCGUUUUUGAGCAUCUAUAUAUUUUACCUAUGGACAUCAAUCUAUCCAAUAGAAGCAGCAAGGGAGCAUCUAGCUGAUUGGAUAUAAAGCGUAGCCCAUAAAGGUCGAACAUCUCGGAGUUUGAGUUAUCAAUUCUUACAGUUCAUCACUUACGAACGACUCACCAUGUUGAGGUGUGCAGCUACUCAUUUGAAGCUCAUGCCACUGGCAAGGCAUAGAUCGCCUCAUGUCGUCACUUCAACUUUCAGAUCAUCACAAUUACAAAAAUACCCUUCUACUUUCCGGCGUCGUCCGUUUUCAACAACGACCUCUGUUCGUCUUGAAAAAGAAACCAUAGUAAAACAACAGGAGCAAAAUACAAAAAAAGUGACAAAAGCAAGUAAAGGUGACUUGAAACGACUCUUUCAACUUGCAAAGCCAGAAGUCAAAAGCCUUUCUGCUGCCACUGGUUUAUUGGUCAUAUCAUCGUCGGUAACAAUGGUGGGUCAACAUUAUGAAUUCCAUACCAUUCUCUAUGGGCAAAAUCAUUGAUAUUGUCACCAAUCCUUCCAUGGAUAAUUAUCUAGGUUUAUCUAUGCCAGAGUUUGCUGGAGCUUUAUCUGUUGUAUUUGUUAUUGGCGCAACAGCUAAUAUGGGUCGUGUCUUACUUUUCAGAAUAGCUGGAGAACGUAUUAUACAAAGACUUCG